AUGGGAGGCUGCGGACGCCCCGGGAGGGUGACCUCCGCGCCGGCGCCGCCCCCUCCCCAGCCGGAGUCCCGGGGGUUCGGGGGCGAGCUUUCCCAGGCUCCGGUGGAGUCGACCGACAGCGUCGAGCGAUGCUCCGGGUUAGAGGGAAAGGCUAAUAGCGGGAUUAGCGCUCCCGGACCUCGGGCUCGGCUGGGCCGGCUGGGGAGGGGGCGCCGUACGCCCUGGACGCGCCCCGACUCGGACGGUCGCCGGGCGGGAGGACGUGAGCAGGGGCAACGCCGAUGGUUCGAAAAGAGAACGCUUGCAGAGCGCCUGCAGUGUGCCCUGCGCCGUGCCCGGGCCCCAUUGAGCACCCAGACAGCUCGGAGCUACCCUCCCCGGGCGCACAGGUCAACGGCACCUACACUCUGGUCUGUUACCUUCCGCUUCCCCGGUGCCCUGGAAAAGCCACGUGCAUACCGAAGCGACUCAGUAAUAAUGUGUGUUGA